UCUCGUCUGUACAACGUGCUCGGCACAAAACUGCUGCUCCUUCCUUCUUCUGUAGCUUUCAAUGAUCAGUGUCUCGCACGUCCAUGCAUAUUCUCUGCCUUUCUUUGCCCCCCCAAACAUGCCCCUCCAAAACUCCUCCUUGUCUUCUUCCCCUGGUUUAGUCAAUACAUAUGAAUACAGCCAAACAGCUCGUCUCUUUCCGUGGGAUGGGCCGGUUUCGCCGUGUCAAAUCCCAAUGCCGGUAAACUGACUCGCUUCUCAGUUAACCUGGAUUUCAUUACUCCAAUGGCUGUUUGUAGCCUCUCUGUUUAAUUGCCCAGUUCCCUUGAAUAUACUUUUGCAGGAUAGGUAAUUGUUGCUACAUCCUUCUCCCCCAUGGAGACAAUGGUUUCCUCUGUUUCAGCAUCCAUAUUUCGAGAGCCGGCGAAUUACGAUGAGAUUUCGGUGAAGCAGUUGCUCUUCGCUGACAGUCUAAAGGAUUUGAAGAAUCUGAGGACACAGCUAUAUUCAGCCGCUGACUACUUUGAAUUGUCUCUCACCAGUGACAACCAAAAACAGAUAGUAGUGGAUACAUUGAAAGAUUACACCAUCAAAGCCCUUGUUAACACGGUGGAUCAUUUGGGUUCUGUUUCAUAUAAGGUUAAUGAUCUCUUGCAUGAAAAGGUCGAUCAAGUUUCUAAAGCAGAGCUUCGUGUUUCUUGCAUUGAACAGAGACUUCGGACAUGCCAGGAGUAUAUUGAUCACGAAGGCCUAUCCCAGCAGUCACUAGUGAUAAAUAGUCCCAAGUACCACAAAAGAUAUAUCUUGCCAGUAGGGGAGACCAUCCAUGGUGCCAGCCAGACCAAGUCUAGAUAUCAAGGGUGCCCCCUGGAUGAUGAGGACGACUGGCAUCAAUUUAGGAACGCUGUUGAAGCUACAAUUAAAGAGACUCCAUCAUCCUCUGUAAGGAGAGGGCGCUCUUUGUCUCCUUCUCCACGACCUUUAGAGCGAGCUGGGACCUUCUCGUUCACUGGGAGCACGACAACAAAAGAAAUAGACAAGCGAACCACUUCACCCUAUAGGUUUCCUCUUUUACGCUCUGGAUCUCUAUCUACUAGGCCAACUACCUCAAAUUCAAGAUCAACCACCCCAAAUCUGAGUCGGCCUAAUACUUCCAGCCGUUCUGUUGAAAGAAGGCGGCAUCCUUCAGAGCCUAGAAGAUCUGCUUCGAUGUAUAUCCGGGCUGAAAAGGAGAAGCCCAAAGAGAUUGAGCAAUACCCCAGCAAGAGCAAACGGCUGUUCAAGUCCUUACUGAGCCGGCGAAAGUCCAAGAAAGAUGACAUGCUAUACACAUACUUGGAUGAAUACUGAUGAAGAGAAAGGGAGUUUCAAGUGCACCGGGACUCUCAAAUUUGCAAGUGAGAGGGUCAUAUUUGUACACAAUAUUCUCUCAAUACUGAGAGCGAGAGAGAGCGGGGACUUGUUAGCAAUCUCUCUUUUUCUUCCACUGUGCUCCUUUGUCCCACCAGUGAGUGUUUUUGAUCAUUUUGCAUUAUAAGUUUCAGUUGGUUGCGGCCAUUUCAUCAUCUGUGGGAACUAAGUGAUUGUGGAGAUUCCAAUCCCAGCAUUGAACAAAGAAAUUCAAAUUCGUAACUCUCU